AUGUCGACCAUGGCGGCGGCUUCUUUACGGCACUACGAUGCCAUUGUGGUUGGUUCCGGCUUGGCUGGGCUAACAGCGACGCUUUCCUUGGCCCAGAACGGGUUGAAGGUGGUGUUAAUUGAGAAAACAGAGAAAUUGGGUGGAAAUUCCAUCAAGGCUUCUUCGGGUAUCAAUGGUGCCCCUACGAGGUUCCAGGAACAGGGUGAUCUGGUGGACUUGUUUGCUCAGGAUACGUUUAAAUCAGGCAAGGGUCUUUCCAAGCCUGAAUUGGUGGAUGUGCUUACUAAGAAUUCAGCUGAUGCAGUGCACUGGCUUUCUGACGAAUGUAACGUUGAUUUGAGUGCUGUGGCUAUGUUGGGAGGCCAUUCUUUUGCUAGAACGCAUAGAGGGAAGGGUCCUCUCCCGCCUGGCUUUGCCAUUGUCUCGGCUCUUAUCAAGAAGAUCGAGGCGGCAGAGAAUGUGGAGGUUUUGAAGCUGACUUCGUUCCAUGGGUUCAGAGUACACUCGGAUUUCGUUGCAGAUGGAGUGGAGGUGGAAGAUGAGCUGCAAAAUAAGUUUCAUCUUCUUGCUAAGAAUAUUGUGUUGGCUACGGGUGGCUAUUCGGCUGACUUUUCUUCACUGAGUCUUCUUGAACGCUAUAGACCUGAUCUCCUUCAUUUACCACUGACCAACGGACAACAGACUACUGGAGAUGGCCAGAAGAUCGCUGAAAAGCAGCUCAGCGCUAAACUCAUAGAUAUGGAUGCUGUCCAGAUCCAUCCAACCGGUUUUAUUCAAUUGAAAAAUGACGAAACUGCUCUCAGCAAAUGGAAGUUUCUUUGUGGAGAGUUGAUCAGAGGCAUUGGAGGUAUCCUUCUUUCACCAAAAACCGGUUCUCGUUUUGUUAACGAGUUGACUACAAGAGAUAAUGUCACAGAAGGCGUUUUUCAGAGCUGUGCUAACGACAAUGGCAAGUCUAUCUGUGUAAUUGCUGUCAGCGAAAAAGACUAUCUCAAGGCAAAGCCACAUAUUGAUUUCUAUGUAAGCCAGAGUCUUAUGUUCAAAGGAGACGCAGACGAUGUUGCUUCAAGAUAUAAGGGUAUUUCGUCCGUGGAGAUUGACCCUACAAAGAUCAAGAAGGGCUUGGAAGAUUAUAACAAUGCCAUUGGCAAUGAUGACCUUGGAAGAACCAGUUUCGGUAACCCAUUUGAACAUGAGUUCUAUUAUGGCUUUGUCACGCCAGUUCUUCAUUUCACAAUGGGUGGAAUAGCCAUCAACGAAAAGGCUCAAGUUCUCACUGAACUAGGCCAGCCCAUGCUGAAUGUGUAUGCUAUUGGUGAAGUGAGUGGAGGAUUACACGGAGCCAACCGUCUUGGAGGAAGCUCGUUGCUUGAAUGUGUUGUAUUUGGACGCGAGGUGGCCAAGAAGAUUUCCAAGUAG